AUGUGGGUAUUACCUGAAUUUACCUGCGGGGCAUCAUCUCUAGUGGCCUUGAUGGGGAUUUUUUCAAAUUCAGUUUAUCCCUCCUCCACAAGACCCUCCACCAGCGGCCCUCCUCCACAAGACCCUCCACCAGCGGCCCUCCUCCACAAGCCCCUCCACCAGCUGCCCUCCUCCACAAGACCCUCCACCAGCUGCCCUCCUCCACAAGACCCUCCACCAGCUGCCCUCCUCCACAAGACCCUCCACCAGCUGCCCUCCUCCACAAGACCCUCCACCAGCUGCCCUCCUCCACAAGACCCUCCACCAGCUGCCCUCCUCCACAAGACCCUCCACCAGCGGCCCUCCUCCACAAGACCCUCCACCAGCGGCCCUCCUCCACAAGACCCUCCACCAGCUGCCCUCCUCCACAAGACCCUCCACCAGCUGCCCUCCUCCACAAGACCCUCCACCAGCUGCCCUCCUCCACAAGACCCUCCACCAGCUGCCCUCCUCCACAAGACACACCUCCACAAGACCCUCCACUAA